AUGGUCCACAAAGUCCUCUUCUGGGCUGGCUUCGGCCUCGCGACUCGAUUCUGGCAACUUGGUCUCGAAAUGCGUCCAUUCUUCAAUAAGGAGUCGUUGUGGGCGUACCCUGCUUUCGCGGGCGUUGGAGGAAGCUUCGGAUGGUGGUUGACGGGCGUUGAGCAGAGACAACAAGCUAUCCUAGGAGCGAGGAGGACAAGUCUUUUGGAGAAGAGAGCGCGGAGGGCAGAGAGGGAGGCGGCUGAGUCCGAGUCGUAG